AUGACAGUGACGACGCCAGCGCCGACUGCUGAUGUAACAACACCACCCACUGCAGUGACGACGCCGGCGCCGACUGCUUAUGUAACCACGCCACCCACUCGAGCUGGUGGAACCAUGCUGCCCACUUCAGAGUUCGCCUCAACACUGGCUCCGUCGAUUGCAGCUGUAAUUCAAACCCCUGGACUUGGGCGCACGGCUAGCCCUGAAGCUGUGUCCAUAGGCGAACGAGGUUUCACAGCAGCACCCACCAUGGCACCAACGCUUGUUGCAGAGGUUCAGGAGGUCGCUGUCAGUGCCGCCUCCGUCAUGUCCACCGCCUCCGUUGUGGGUGUGAUGACGUCUACCGUCGUUACCGUACUCGGUGGUGCAUCAUCGUCAAUGGUUGCGGGGGGAACGGCCCAGGCAGCGACGCAGAGCACAUGCCGCAGCCCUUCGGCGACGAUGGCGUUCGUCCUUACCUCGCAAAUACAGUUUCUAGCAACUCUGUCGUUCGUGGACACUACAGGAGCGGAGGAGUCUGCCUUCUCUGAUCUAACGAACAACCUCAGGUGGGUAAAUUUAUGGCCCUCGGAGAGCUUCUCGGAAGGUAUAGCAUCACGAAUUAUAUCGGACGAACCCGACCAACCCUCCGACGAAGAUGAUACAACGCCAAGCGCGAUCUCCCAGACAGUCACCAGCAAUGUUGGUUCUCUGUUGUUCAUGGGGAAUCUGGCGCUGUUUUCGGGGCUCCUUGUGAUCAUCUUUACGUCGCACGUCUUAGUGGCGUCGGUGGUUGAGGCGUACUGGGUGGCAAAGCAACGGGCCAGGAAGGUGAUUUCAAGAUCCCUGCGUCGUGGUCUAUCAUUGAGCGAGAUACCGAUUGCUUUGUCGGGUACAUGGUCCCAGCAGCCAACUAUGGACGACGGCUCUUCGGCAGGGAGCCAGUCUUCAGGUAUCAUGCAGUCACCCCAACGGAUGGAACGUCAAGCUGUAUCCCCUUAUGACGGUGGAGAUUCAAAGAGCGACGAAGAAGAAGGGGGGCCGAGAAACACCCGUCCGGGCAACUCCAUCGGCCAGGUGUCGGAUUGUCGAGAACUUUCGCAGUCACCGUGGCUUCACUACCCACACCUGGAGCUCAUCUUCCUUUUUUUCGCGUUCGAGGGCGCGGUAACCUCGCAGAUGGCAGCGUUGCGGAGUGCGAAUUCAUCAACAAUUCUCUACGCGGCCGUGGCAACGUUGGUUCUCUACCCAUUGCUGAUGGUUGUAAUGGUCGCGCGAACCCACCGGGUAUGGGUUCAACCAGAUGCCCUAAUUGUGUUCGCGUCUAGUGAAACCGAGGAGGCCCUUGCAGGCAAACCGAGCACAUUGUCCAGAACGGUUUCUGGGCUUAAAAACGAUUUCAGCUUGUUUUCAUGGGCGGACAAGGGGCAGUGGGAGACUGUCCAGACGGCGAACGACAAAGCAAGACGUAAGGCUGAUUGGUUCCGUAUCGGGUUCGAGCCGUUGUUUGCGGACUUUACGCAAGCUGGCUCCUGGUUUAUCAUCUACACAUUGAUUGAGUGCGCUGUCCUUGCCAGCAUUGCUGUGCUGGUGGACAACAGUGCGAUGCAAUUCCUGUUGUUCUGCGCCAUGCAUUCGUUGACCUUCGUCCUUCUGGUGGGUUGGAAGCCGUUCGCGAACAGCGUUCUGAAUGCAGUGGCAGCAAUGGUUAUGUUGACCGACGCGGUUUGCAUGGGGAUGCUAGCCUUGGCCGCUGGCACGUUCAACGGGACUGCAACAGCCGCAAGGAUGGACACGGCGGUCAUGGUCAUACAGGCAUUGUGUAUUGCAGUGCUGGUGAUACCGCUCUACGUGGAUACGGCCGUGUCGAUAUAUGGGAUGAUUCGAAACAGGAAGGGGAGCGUCGACGAGAGAGAAAACGAAGCUGAUCGCGCCGAGCGAGAGGUUACCAAGCGUCUCACUCUUCGGCUGUGGGGACGCGCGUGGUUCAGGAUGGUUUUCAGCAAUAUGUUUGCAUGCUUGAGGGACACGAGGGAAGGCAUCCGUGGUCCGACACACUCCGCGCGUCAAGGGCGUCUGAGAACCGGGCGAAUCGGCCCGUUUCCCGAUUGGCUGAAACGUCGAACACAUUAGUCGGGCCAUUUCGUUCCAUAUCCCCAAAGGCGAGGGGAAAUGUACUGGUUGGAUAUUUUUUACCGCACCGUACGUAACGGUGAUACGCAUAAUGUCGCUUACCUUCGUAUCAAGACACACAGUAGUGCAGGCGUGCAUCCCGUGCUUGAUAUGCUGCACUAACUGGGGUACAUGUGAUAGGAGGAGCCUUUUCUGUUUCCCUUUUUAAUACUGUUCUUUUCCGGAGAAGUUUCUCGAUGUUGGACUUUGAUCUUGUUCCUGACAUAAUACGAUACGAAUGUUCAGCAGCUAGCUGUCAUUCUCAACACUAAGUUGCUGCGUUGUAUUACGCACGUAAGUACCUCGCUAGAGUCACUUUCCCUUGCCCAUUAGUUGAGCAUAUGAUUGAUCAACCUGUGUUGAGUACGUUUCGUGUUUGUACGCGUUAGUCUAGAUAUCAGUUGGAUCACUGCCCAAGUGGUCUUUAUCAUCUGAAUUAUUGACACGAUAUACAUGAAAGUCGAGGUGUGUUUUCGUCGGCAUAGAGUUAAAGUGUGUCUCCGUCGGCAUGCUUUGCUUGGAUGGUCGAGCGCCCAUGUACUCCAUCUGUCUCCCUUCCGGUCUCUCCGACCAAAAAGCUACAUAAAUUUUCAAGGGCGCCCGAAAUCAAUUUUCCGACACCUUAGUAUCCAUUUUCUCAUUUGGGAGGUUUUCGGGGGGGGGGGUAACGUUACUCGAAUGCCUAUACAAAGCAAAGGGGUCCCGGAACCCAUAUUUAUUUGGGGUAACCUAUUCGCGAGCUAGGAUCCUCUCUUGCGAACCCCGGACCCAUGGUCACACAAAUCGGGCACGUAAUUCACCGGCCGGUCGCCCCGGUGGUCUAGUGGGUAGCCUCUCAGCUUGCCAAGGACCAGGACAUGGGUUCGAGUCCUGACAGUGAGCUUUUUCCCUCUUAUUAAAUCCUGGUCUCCGUUGGAAGCGACGCGCUGCAAAGCUCGUUGUAAGUAAACUUGAUCGACUUCGCAAGUCGCGAAGGAAGGGAUUACUGUACCCUUUUCGCGAUAAAAAUAUCUCAGGCAAGAACCGCAGAAGGAGGUCCAACCCCCGCAGGAGAAGGUCCAACCCCUCCUCCUAUGUGACCCUGGUUGAGUCGUCUAGCUGGUAGAAGUGGAAGAGAGGGGCCAGAGGGGUAGACGACAGAGUCCAACGAUGGGAGAAAAUCGAACGAACGGACGAACAUCAAGCACCUAACCCACUCCAAGUGUUCGUAUUACGUCGUCGCUAGUAGAAUACGAUGUGUUUCCCAUAGGGUUAGGGUUAGGGUUAUGCUGCUUGCGUGAAGUGGGCUCUAAGCCCCAUGAAAAGUAAAAACCCGAAAACAGCUAUCAGCCCACCAGGGAUGGGGGGUUACCUAGGUGUGCGGAAUGACUUCUGCGGGCACCCUUGACGAUU